AUCUCUUAAGAUUGAGAGGUUUUAUCGGAAAAAGGACAACUGUAGGAAACCUAUUAAGCCUGAUUAUGCCUGAGAUCAAAGUGUAUCUUUUCUUAAGAAACUAUACACUGAUUAGAGAUGUAAAAUAAUGACAUUAAUCUAGUCGAAAAUUGCAUAAAAUCGAUAUUCUGUCAUCACCAACUUGUCAAUAUUUACGAAUUUUAUAAUUUAAUAAGAAAUCUAAUCUUUAUUUCGUUUAAAUAUGUCACAACCACCUAUUGCCGUAUCUCCAUUGAUCAAAUUUGGACGUUGGUCCAUGUUAAGUCUGGGCAUAAUUUACGGCGUCUACAAUCAAAAACGCUUAUCGCAGAAGGAAGCAAAAUUUCGAGAAGCUGAGGCUAAACAGAAUGCAAUACGUGAUGCAAAAUUAGCUGAAGAAAGAAAGCGUUUGGCUGAAGCCGAAAUGCAUGCUAUCGACAUACUAUCGGGGAAAAUUUUAUAAAAUGUUUAAUUAGUUUAUUUUUGAAAUAAAAUGCUUACGCGAUUUAUUUAUUAAAAAAUUAA